AUGAAAAGGUUGGAAAACAUCGAGAAAAGUGAGCAAGACAAUAGAGAUUAUAGGGGGCUACAGUUGGAGAAUGGUCUUAAAGUUUUGCUUGCCAGUGACCCUACAACUGAUGUAUCUGCUGCUGCACUGGCUGUACAAGUGGGACAUAUGUCGGAUCCGGAAAGUUUGCCUGGUUUAGCUCACUUUUGUGAACACAUGUUGUUUUUGGGUACUGAAAAGUAUCCCAAUGAGAACGACUACACAACCUAUCUGUCUCAGAGUGGAGGUUCAUCCAAUGCUGCUACUUACCCCCUUAUGACCAAGUACCACUUCUACGUAGCUCCAGAUAAACUUGACGGAGCACUUGAUAGGUUUGCCCAGUUUUUUAUAGGACCUUUAUUCACACCAAGUGCCACAGAGCGUGAAAUAAAUGCCGUCAACUCGGAACAUGAGAAGAACUUACCAAACGACGAGUGGCGAAUCAAACAAGUCCAUAAACAUUUAGCGAAAGAAGGACAUGCCUAUAAGAAGUUUGGGAGUGGAAGUAAAGCUACUCUGUGCGAAAUUCCCAAACAAAAUAACAUCGAGGUACGAGAUGAACUUCUGAAAUUUCAUAAACAUUGGUACUCGGCGAAUAUAAUGAGCUUGGCCGUUAUUGGAAAAGAUAGUCUCGAUGAGCUGGAACAAAUGGUGCUGAAGAAAUUUUCCGAAAUUGAGAAUAAAAAUGUACAAGUGCCAACAUGGCCCAGGGAACCGUAUGAUGAUAAUCAAUAUGGACAACGAGUGCUGAUAGUGCCUGUAAAAGAUAUACGCUCGUUAACUAUCAGUUUUACGACAGACGAUCUGACCGGCCUUUAUAAAACCGCACCUGACAGUUAUUUGACUCAUUUGCUCGGACAUGAAGGCAAAGGGAGUAUUUUAUCUGAAUUGCGUAGGUUAGGUUGGUCCAACGACCUUCUCGCUGGCCAUCAGAAUAUUUUACAUGGCUUUGGUUUUUUUGAAAUACACAUAACGCUAACAACGGAGGGGGCUAAACACGUCGAUGAUAUUAUUAAUAUUGUAUUUCAAUAUUUGAAAAUGCUACGUGAAGUCGGUCCCCAAAAGUGGAUUUUUGAUGAAUGUUCUAAAAUAAAUAGCAUGCGUUUUAGAUUCAAGGAGAAAGAGAAACCCGAAAAACUGGUUACAAAUGUUGUAACCUGCAUGCAGGUGUAUCCGCUGGAGGAAGUCCUCACAGCUCCUUAUCUAAGUGAUGAGUGGAAACCGGAGCUAAUUACUAAAUUACUAGACGAGUUCGUCCCAUCUAAAUGCAGAGUAGUAGUUAUUGGGCAAAGUUACGAAGAAGAAGCAAUAUUGACGGAGCCCUAUUACCAAACAAAAUAUGCAACGCUAAAAAUCGAUUCCGAAACCAUUAAGAAAUGGGAGACGUGUGAGCCGAAUCCAAAUUUAGCUUUGCCACAGCCAAAUGCUUUCAUUCCAGAAGAUUAUGAGUUGGCACCAUUUGACAAGGAUCUGUCGAAACACCCAGUAAUAAUAAUGGAUACUCCCAUUUUGCGUGUAUGGCACAAACAGGAUAAUGUUUACCUAAAACCCAAGGCGUGUAUGUCGUUUGAUAUGUCAAAUCCUAUAGCUUAUCUGGACCCCCUCAAUUGUAAUUUGAAUUUCCUUAUGGUGUCUUUAAUAAGGGACCAGCUGAAUGAAUAUCUCUACGAUGCAGACUUAGCCGAUUUAAAACUGCAAGUUGGAAAUAAAUCAAAUGGUAUCGAAGUUACAAUACGCGGUUAUAAUGAUAAACAGGUGAUACUUUUGGACCAUCUACUUAAGCAUUUAUUUGAUUUCGAAGCCGAUGAGAAACGCUUUGACAUCCUCAAGGAAGAGUACAAGCGCAAUUUAAAGAAUUUUAGCGCCGAGCAGCCCUACCAGCACUCGAUGUACUACUUGACCCUUCUAUUAACCGAGAAUGUUUGGUCAAACUACGAAUUGUUAGACGCCGUAGAACUAGCCACAUAUGACCGCGUCCUUGCUUAUGCCAAAGAAUUUUUUUCACGGCUACAUACUGAAUGUUUUAUCUACGGAAACGUGACUAAGCAAAAGGCCCUCGAAAUUGCUGGUUUAGUUAAUAAACGUUUGGAAGAAACAAAUGCUAAGGUAUUGCCUUUAUUAGCCAGACAAAUGCUUCCGAAAAGGGAAUAUAAAUUGUGUCCAGGUGAUAGUUAUCUAUUCGAAAAGGAAAAUACUUUUCAUAAGAGUUCUUGCACUCAAAUCUAUCUACAGUGUGGCCCCCAGUCCGAUCGAAGUAAUAACAUGGUGAAUCUUAUUUCACAGAUAUUGACAGAACCAUGUUAUGAUUGCUUACGAACUAAGGAACAACUGGGCUACAUUGUUUUUAGUGGACCAAGAAAGGUAAAUGGUGCUAACGGUAUUAGAAUUAUUGUCCAAUCGGCCAAACACCCCUCAUAUGUAGAAGAGCAUACGUUUUUCACCAGGAACAACUGGGCUACAUUGUUUUUAGUGGACCAAGAAAGGUAA